AUGCUCUCCGCCAGAACCGUCCUCUCCCGUACCGCUCGUCUCAGCAAUGCUCGUCUCAACAGCACGCUCGUCGUCGCCGAGCACGAUGAGGCGAAACUGGCGCCAAUCACUUUGAACGCGAUCACCGCCGCUGGAAAGCUCGGAAACGAAGUUUCGGUGCUUGUCACCGGUGCGAACGCCUCGAAAGUCGCCGAGCAAGUCGCCAAGGUCAACGGAGUGAAGCGAGUUUUGGUGGCCGAGGAUGAGAAGCUCAAGAACAAUUUGCCAGAACGCGUCGCGCCAGUCGUCGUCGCCUCUCACAAGCAGUUCAACUUUACCGCCAUCACCGCCGGCUCGUCAGCGUUCGGCCGUGGCGUGAUCCCACGCGUCGCCGCGAAACUCGACGUCUCCUCGAUUUCCGACGUCACUCAAGUGCAUUCGGCGGACAGCUUCACGCGUACGAUGUACGCUGGAAACGCUGUGAAGAAGGUGAAGAGCAGUGCGCCGAUCAAGUUGCUCACAUUCCGUGGAACCGCGUUCGAGCCAGCCAAGGAAGGAGGAAGUGGAGCUGUUGAGAAGGCUCCAUCAACUGACAUCGCCACCGACGCCAGCGAAUUCCUCGGCCAGGAGCUGAGCAAAUCGGAGCGUCCCGACCUCGCCACGGCCAAAGUCGUCGUUUCGGGAGGACGUGGUCUGAAGAGUGGCGACAACUUCAAGCUAAUCUACGAUCUUGCCGACAAGCUCGGAGCCGGAGUCGGAGCGUCUCGCGCCGCCGUCGAUGCUGGCUACGUGCCGAACGACAUGCAAGUGGGGCAGACGGGAAAGAUUGUCGCGCCGGAACUCUACAUUGCCAUCGGAAUCUCGGGAGCGAUUCAGCAUUUGGCUGGAAUGAAGGACUCGAAGACGAUCGUUGCGAUUAACAAGGACGGCGAUGCGCCGAUCUUCCAGGUCGCCGACAUUGGACUCAAGGCCGACCUCUUCAAGGCUGUCCCGGAGCUCACCGCCGCUCUUAAAUAA